UCAACAGCUGCGUACAACCUAUCCCGCCAUAUUCAAGGACUUGUCCCCUCCAUCUAUCCUCGCCAGCCCCAUGCUCGACAUCAACAAGUCCAAUUCCAACCUUCGCUUCGGUCGUUCGCCACGCUCCUCGACCCCAGCCAUGUCAUCCACCUCUACCCUCAUGCCUGCCUCCGCACCCAAGCCCAAGUCGAGCAAAAAGCACAUGUUCCAGUCGAUCUCUCGAACCCUCUCCCCAGCCUUAUCCAAAUCUACCUCCCGCAAGCAUCGCUCGCUCAAUCCAACUUUAGCCCUACCCACCCCUCCUCAGUCUCCGAAUAGAGCCGGCGAAGACUCAAUGACACGCACUUCCAGUGAACCCAGUGAUGAAGACGACUUUGUGGAAGUCAAACUCUCAGAAUCUGAAAAACAAUACGUCAGCCAAAUCGAAGUAGGUAACGAACGUCAUGAGAGCCAACUCGGUCACUACCUCACCAACCUAGCCCAACGUCCACUCUCAUCCUCCCGUCGAGAAUCAAUACAGAUCGCUGGUGGCAAACGAAUGUCUAAGCUGAUGAGAGAUGCCAAGGAAUGGCAAACGUUCUUCAAGAUCGGCAAGGAUGACUUUGAACGCGAGCGGAAACUGCCGAAACGAGACUCCCACUCACUUGCUUCAAGCUUAAAAGGUCAUCCAUCGGCUUCAGUUGUUACUGGAAAGUCGGCCAGCAAUCAAGAAGUGGAGAAUGAUUCCUUAUCAGUUGCCACCCCUCAUCCCGCCGUCAUGAAACGCGUCAAGUCUGAUCAAAUCGUCUACAAUCAAGAAGACAGCCCUCCUCUGGUCGAUCCAACCCCGAUCGAAGAAGGUUCUCCUCCAAUCCCCUUGAGCCCUACCAUCGAAGAAUCAUCGAGCGUUCGCUCCCGCAAAUCGUUAGAGGAGGAGCUAGGCCUGAGCGCUGCCGACGCUGAUGCGAUCAAUCAGCUCACUAGAACCUUCGACGAUGAUCCCUCACCAAGCCUGACAAAAGAGCCUCCUUCGGCAAUCACCUCACCACCCGAAUCACUCACGACCGGCUCCCCAUUGAUGGACGAUCCGGCAGUCAGCUCGGUGCCAGUCUCGGUUGUGCCUUCCGAACUGGCAGAGAGUCCAGCAGUCGUACCCGCACCUACUACUUCGACCAGCAGCCCGGUCCAACGACGUCGUCACAAGGUGACAGUCGAAGACUUUGAAAUCAUGAGAGUGCUUGGUAAAGGCUGUGCUGGGAAGGUGCUUAUGGUCAAAUACCGCAGGACUGGUGGUAAUCAUCCUAAUCAAGUCUAUGCUAUGAAGAGCAUCAAGAAGAAUCACGUCUUGUCUCACAGGGAGCUACAACACACCCUGACCGAACAGAGCGUCUUGAGACGUGUUGCCGAUGAGCCUGAUAGCAAUCCAUUCAUUGUCAGGUUAUGGUGGAGUUUUCACGACAAGGACCAUUUAUUCUUGGUGAUGGAUUUCCAUCCAGGAGGUGAUCUGGCGACCCAAUUAGCACGCUGGGGUCGACUAGGCCGAGACCGAGCCAGGUUCUAUGCGGCCGAGAUCACUGAGGGGGUCACCUCACUUCAUCGAUCAGGAGUGAUCUAUCGAGAUCUGAAGCCCGAGAACAUCUUAAUCGCCUUCGAUGGUCACAUCGUCUUGACGGACUUUGGUCUCAGUAAGCAGUUCGGACGCGAUGCUGACGGCCAACGGAUCUCUGAUGAGGAAGAGGAACGCACCCUGACUUUCUGUGGAACUGCCGAGUAUCUCGCCCCCGAGGUCUUACUCGGUGAGCCAUACAGCUAUGAGGUCGAUUGGUGGUCCUUUGGGACGAUGCUUUAUGAGAUGUUGACCGGCUUGACGCCCUUCUGGUCUGAGGAUCACGCCACAAUGUAUCGGAGAGUGCUCCACGACGAACUCAUGUUCUCCGAAGACUCGAACAGAGUCAUGGACCAUGAUACUAAGACCCUGUUACGUGGCCUUUUGCAACGCAAUCCGGCGGUCAGGAUGACGGGUGAAAGAAUCAAGAAACAUCCUUACUUUGGGAUGAUCGAUUGGGAUCAUGUUCAGCAUAAGCGAUACAUCCCCCCAUAUGUCCCAGCUGUGAAUCCCAAUGAUGCGACGGACACUCAGAACUUUGAUGAGACGUUCUUGGCGAUGGAGCCGACAUAUGUGCAAGAUGACGACCCGCCCCAUCCGAGUGCUGAAGAGAAGAAGAAUGAAGAGAGCGAGGAAGGGGCUGGAGAAGAUGGGGAUGAUCCGGAUGGAGGCAAGGUCGAGCCUCAAGGGGCGGUGGAUGAGAACGGGCAGGAUGUAUUUGAUGGGUACAGUUACCUUGCGCCGAGUCAUGAACGAGACUCGAUCAUCCUCGAAGACGAGGAGGAUGCGAGUAGCGUUGGAUGCGACCCUGACGCCGAUGACGCCGCUCCGCCGCAGUCGGCCUCCGAGGCCACCGAUCCAGUUCCCUCGGCCCUCCAGAGCCCGUCUAAGGACAAGCCUCCCUCUUCUCACCCCGCUACCACCAUCGUUGUCAAUGAGAGCGAGGAACCUGAUCUGCCUGCCUCGAACGAUGAAGAUGAGGCGGAGGAAGACUGGGACGUGGUGGUGACCCCGGAGAACGGCCAAUCGGACUUGAACGGUCGGCUUGGCAAGAAGCCUGGGAACACUCUCUUUGCUCGGGGAGUCGUGGACAAGUACAAGUUGAGGAUGCGUAAGUUGAACGAGAGUUCGACAGGAACACCUUCGCUUCAAGCCAGCUCGUUGCGCCCAUUUGGGAGCAGCAAGUCGAGUUUCAUUAAGGCAGCCCAAAGCCAAUUCAACACGCUCGGCAACCAGUCGACGAUCUCGUCGAUCAACCAAGCCUCCUCUGAGGCCUCUGAGCCCCCCUCUUCAGUGAUGGGCGGGGGGAAUGGCAAAGCCAAGAAACGGUUCGGACUUCGUUCGUCUAAGAAGCCGGGCUACUCGUGUCUCCCCUCAUCCUCCGUCCUCGGCGACUUCUUGCCCUCCUCUCCGGUCCAUAACUCGGCUGCUUAUCUGACUUCCCCCUCCGCUUCCCCCUCCCCUUCUAAGAAAACCCUCCAUCCGGUAGGCCUUCGGGCGAUCGAAUUGGCCAACGUUGGCGCCCAGUUCUUGAAGAAAAACUCGGCUAAUCAUCAGAUCCUGCUCAAUAAUAACACUCCUCAUCAUGAUCAUCCAACUCCAUCAGACGUCGAGUCGCCUCUUUCCCCUAACACCAUUCAAUCGUCUCCUCUCCCAACUACUACUACUACUCCUGCUGCUGCUCCUGAUGAUGAUCUUUCUUCUCCCACUACUGCUGCUACUAACAAUCUCUCCAUGGACGAUCCUGCUCCCAUCCCGGGCGAAAACACUAUCAAUCCGAAGAAGAAACAAUCGAUCGGCGCCGGUCAUAUUUGAUUUCUUUGAUUUCCUUCUCCUCCUCCUCCUCCUCCUCCAGAUCUUCCUCUAGAUCUUCCGCUCUAUCAGUGCUUCUUUUGCUUUGGCUCGUUGGCAUCCGAUCUCCUUAUAUGUUUCCUUUUUCUUUCUUUUUUGAGCUUUCGCUCCCUCGUUCGUUCGUCCUUUGGCUUGCUCCGCUUCAUCUGUGUACAUAUAUUUAUUUAUAUUCAUGCUUUCUUUUGGCUUCCUCUCCCAUCCCUCACAUCCCUUGUUCAAGUUUUUUUUUUUUUUUUUCUGAUAGGUAUUUUCUUUAAUUGCUUUGUCUUUUAAUCUUUAGCUUUCUGGCUUCAAAAAUAUCUUCACGUACACAGAC